UUCAACAACUAAAAAUUUUUCGGUGAAAUCACAAGAAACGAUGGCAUUUUAUAUGAAUUUGCCACGCAUAGCAGAGGAGAGAUUGUACAUUGACGAGAAUGCAGAGUAUAAAUAUUUUCAAAGUGACCUUUCACAUGAAGAAUGGACGGUAAACAAUAUUUCGAAAACAAGGACUCCACUCAACAAUGAAACGAGUUACUGGAUGAAACUUUGUCAGGAAAACAUAAAGGAAAAGAGCAACGUUCAACAAGAAUUGGUAAACAUAAGGAUUCCUAUGGAGGCGCGAGAUGUUUGGAAACUGAAAGAAUUUACAAUGCAUGAGUGGUUGUUUGAGACUGAGGAAAAAUUAAAGGACGCGCGUCGCCAGUUCCAAAUGACCGCAUCAGACACUGAAGACUGGGCGUCACUGGAGUAUCUUUAUUGGAAAAGAGACGUAGCAUUGAAGGAAUUGGAGGAAAUGCGUCAACGAUUGAAGUGUCCCGUGAAGCGUCAUCCUACCCAUGUGUUAUAUAAUCAGGGCAAAUCAACAAAGUUACCUCAAAUUGGGAAGAACUUCACAAGAAAAACUGCAAAGGACACAAGCCGUGCAAAGAGCACAGUUCUACCUCCUUUGGAGCCAUUUAAGGCAGCGCAACAAAGACUUAGAUGCGGAGACCAACUGCAAAAGACAAUCGACAACGAUACGGCGGGAGCUCAUAGCAAACUACCAAUCAGAAACCGUAAACUUUCAACCGAAGAAUUCCUUUCCUUCCGGUUUUCAAAGAAAAUCGUACCAGUUCAUGACAGUAAACUACCAGUGCCAACAUUACAGAAAGAUAAAAGAGAGAAAACAUUGGAAUGCGCAAGUAUCUUAGGAUCCCUUUCCGAAAACAGGAUUCCUUUGAAAAAUUCUUUGAUUUGUUCUCCAGUGAGUUCAAACUCGGAAAAAAAUUUCAAAUUUGAAAAGGAUUCAGGGAGAGAGAAACACACAGACGGUAAACCCAGUUUACCACACUUGCCGAGUCCUCCUGCUCUCAACCACAGAGCUGGAACAUCUACUCAUUUACGAAGGCGUCAUUUCAAUAGUAGAUAACUUCUAACGUUGAAUCAAUGCUCUUCUUAAAUUCGAUGAGAAUUGGUUUUGAAAUCCCUGGUGUCUGGUGAUGGCAGUAAAUGCCUUGAAGAAAUCUGAUUUUUUCGAUCUUCAGAGAUUUGUGUUUAAUUCGGACUUUAAGAAUUUAAACGAGAUUCCAUUUCAUGAAACAUUGCAUUUACCGCGUCCUUGUAGUUCUAAAUGAAAUGGCUAUUUGGAGCGGGAUUUUUGCUCAUUUUUUCAUGCUUUAUUUUAUAAGUUUAAUUA